AUGGCAUUAGACAGCUUCCAGGUGGACUGGAAUACAGGUGUGUUGCAAAGCUUCUUCCAAGACCCGACAGAGCGACAGGUGGUUCCGGACUCUCCAACCAAACACUUUUUCAGUUGGCACGAGAGCAGCUUUCGGGGUCGCAGAAGACUCAUUGGUGAUAGAUUCAAAUACCUUUUCUUCUCUUCCCUGAAUUUGCCUGAUGAGGAGGAAUGGAUGUUCGAGCGGCCCAUGGGAAAAGGGUCGUUCGGCGCGGUCGCCUUGUUUUCGAAGAUGAAUGAACGGCAAGAGCGAACAGAUGCCUUUGUGUUGAAGGUCACUGAAGCGAAUCCCGAACAAUUUGUCCCCGCGCAGUCGAAAAAGUCGCACCUGACUCAUGAAGCCGCGAUUAUGGCGCAGACAAAUGAGCUCGAUUCAGACGUGCUCGUACGUCUCCGGCAAUAUCGAGUUGACCAAAAUUACUGCAGAUACUAUACCGAGUUUUGCGAGUUCGGGACUUUGGAGUCCCUGCGACUGAGAUACAAGGCGUGGAACAAAUAUUUUCCCGAGCUCUUCCUGUGGCAUGUUUUCCACUGUCUAGCCAAGGGAUACCUUGACUUUGUCAGGACCAGGUGGAGAAGCCUCAGAAACUUGGACUUUGGAGAGCAGGUUGACGGGCAAUAUUUUCUGCAUAAUGACAUCAAGACGGAGAACAUCUUCCUUGCCACAAAUCCCUCCAAAGAUGAAGACACCGUCUGGUAUCCGAAAUCCAAGAUUGGCGAUUUCGGACUGGCCACCACUACAAACGCUGGCGAAAUAAACCGGAACCAUGCCAAGGCCAUGCAAGCAGGCACACCGUGUUGGCAGCCUCCGGAACAACGCAUUAGUCAUAUGAAGGACUAUCGCCACUACUAUUUCCACGAAGACGUUCACCCGGAUCUGAAAAGGAAGGUUGGACUCGACCGGCGAUUCCACCGGAUCCGUCAAGAAGCGAACAUUUGGGCCAUUGGCGCUGUCAUGUGGAACCUAGUGACUCUGGAUGAGAUAGAAGUACUCAGUGACAAGGUCAAUCGAAUCCUGUACGGCGGCACUGCGGCAGCGCGCGCCUUUGACGGAAAGAACAUCAUGAAACGGCCAGAUCCAGUGAUCAAGCAACGGUAUAGUCCUAAACUCUGGGACUUGGUGUGCGAAUGCUUGCGAAUGAAGCCGGGCGACCGACCACCGCCUAGUCGUCUGCUUUCGGAAAUUGAAAUCGGCAUGCGUGACUGCAUGGAGCGGGAGCAAGCAGAGUACCAGCGGACCGGCGACCUAGCGCCACUGUUGGUGGCAUUUGAACAGAAUCAGAUCAAUGACCUACCAGACGGUGGUGCAAACUUUCGCAAAAAUCUGGAUUUCUGGUCUUACUUCGCAGAACAUCUUCUGUGGACGCCGAGACAAUGGGGCCCACUAUGUCCGCCAGAUGCGCCUCGUCAUAUCAACUUUGAGGCUGAUGGCUUGCCGAGUCCAUUGCGUCGAAGACAAGAGCGGGAGUGGGAAGAAGCACUUGAACAGAGAGACAGGAAGAGGGCUGCGCAGGAUGCUGGCGAGCCGCUGCCUAUCAGUCAAUCACCGACACAAUCCGAAGCCGUUCAGAAUCAAGCAAAAUCGCGGCGUUUCAGCAAGUCGUCCGACCGAGAGCAGCAACCGCGGAAGAGGACGAGGUUGGCUUGA